GCACCGAGCUCAGAGAGGACUGGAGGGAGCGCUGAGCGGGGAGACACGCUGCUGCUCGGCCCCGGCGAAGCCAACAUGUUCCUCUUCGAAAAACCCUUCUUUUAAAAAAAUAAGUAUUUACGCUCGGGACUUAAGUGAGGCUCGUGAAUGUUACGGUUGGCGACCGGCUGAGCCCGUGGGUCCUGUAGUAACGACUGUCUUUGUUCGGCUGUGACAUCUGUCCUUCACCUCCGACAUGGAUCCUCUAGAGAAGGAGCACAGGUCGGACGACGAGACUGAAUAUGAAGAGGAGGAGGUGGACCCCAGAAUCCAGGGGGAGCUGGAGAAACUCAACCAGUCCACUGACGACAUCAACAGAUGUGAGACGGAGCUGGAGGACGCGAGGCAGAAGUUCCGCUCGGUUCUGGUGGAGGCCACGGUGAAGCUGGACGAACUGGUGAAGAAGAUCGGCAAGGCUGUGGAGGAGUCCAAGCCUUACUGGGAGGCCCGCAGGUUGGCCAGACAGGCCCAGCUGGAGGCCCAGAAGGCCACCCAGGACUUCCAGAGAGCCACGGAGGUCCUGCGGGCGGCGAAGGAGACCAUCUCCCUGGCAGAGCAGAGGCUCCUGGAGGAGGACAACCGGCAGUUUGACUCCGCCUGGCAGGAGAUGCUGAACCACGCCACCCAGCGGGUGAUGGAGGCGGAGCACAGCAAGACGAGAAGCGAACUCGUGCACAAGGAGACGGCGGCCAAAUAUACGGCAGCAAUCAGCCGCAUGAAACAGCUGGAGAAAAAACUCAAACGCACCAUCAACAAGUCCAAGCCCUACUUUGAGAUGAAGGCGAAGUACUAUCUGCAGCUGGAGAACCUGAAGAAGAAUGUGGACGAGCGGCAGGCCAAGCUGUCUCGGGCCAAAGGCGAGUAUAAGACGGCCCUCAGGAACCUGGAGAUGAUCUCAGACGAGAUCCACGAGCGCCGACGAAACUCUGCCAUGGGCCCCCGCGGGCGCGGCGUGGGUGCAGAGGGCGACAGCGUUUCCGGGGACGACAUCUCCAGCUUCAAGAUGGAGUCGGACGGAAUAUCCAUGGCGUCGGCGUGUUUCGACGAUGAGCCUUGUGGCGGCAGCAGCAUCAUGUCGGAGGAAGACUCAGAGACUCACUCCACCUGCAGCCUGGGUUCGUCUCCCAGCAGCCCUCAGGAGCUGCUGUCGCCCUGCCCCUUCGCCAGCUCCUCCUCCUCCUCAUCCUCCUCAUCCUCUCCGUCACCCACUCCCUCCUCCUCCUCCCCAGCUCCUCUGUCCAGGCCCUGCAGUCUGGACCUUCCCAGCACCGUGUCGCUGUCCGACUUUGGCCUCAUCUCGCCGGUGCUCGGGCCUCGCAGCGAGUGCAGCGGAGCGUCGUCACCAGAAUGCGACCUGGAGAGAGGUGACCGGGCAGAAGGUGCAGAGGGGGAUCUGGACAUCGCUCCGGCAACCAACAACAACAACAGCAGCAGCUCCACUUCCAGCACCAAGAAGAGCUUCAGCCUGGAAGCACGCUUCAGCUUUCUGAACCUGCGCCGCCCGCGCACCGACAAUGCCAAAAACACGGACAGCUGUUCCCAGAAGUCCAAGGCCGAGGCCGGGCAGACUGUGGUCUUGGUCAAAGGAGUCUGAGGACCAAAAAGAGAAUUUGUUGGAGGGAUUUUGGCUCAUUCUCACCCAAACUCUCUGAUAAACUGUUCUGAGCUGUUUAUAAGCUACCUGCCACAACUGCACUCCAUUUCCAAACUGUGUGGUCAAAGAGAGACUUUGAAUGUCAUAGUUGGUGUAUACAAAGUUUCCUGUACAUCUUGGCAGCGUUGUUACUCCCAUUUCCCUUAUGAAAGACAUUGCACCUUUGGACUCUCGUGCCUGAGAAAUAAAGAGCACGAUUAUGUUGGUGAAGGGUGAUGAAAAGAAAAGACUUGACUUGGGCAUCAUCUUAAAAUGGCUCUAUUAAAUACUUGGUAUAACUGUAUCAAAAUUAAGAAUUUAUUACUGUUAGAUGGCACAUGCUGUAAACCAUACGGCGGUGAUGUUCUGCUUACUUCAACAGUUAAAGGAAUGAAAGUCACGUGUGGAGAUGUUCAAUAAAUAACUGGUCUCUUAACAUUCUGAUAUACGCUCCUGUAUUUGAUAUGACUGUUGUAUUUUCUGAAGUUAUGUAUGUAAAGUGUUCAGGUUUAGGCACUAUGGACCCUCCAAUGUUAAAAAGAAGUUCAUUCUCCACAUAAGCUACUUAAAUUAAGCUUAAUUAAGCUUUUCACGCAUAGUUUUUGCCACCAUGAUGAUUGUUUCAAAUGUACGUCUUCCUGGUGCACAUCCAGCAAAGUUACUGAUAUUUAAACCCAAAACGUGUCCUUUCAAUACUACAACAAUCACAUUGCUGAUAAACCUAUAAAUAGCUGCAUGUGAUUACUUAUCACAAUAUUUAAAGAGUGACUUCAUACUAGGCUGAAGUGUUUCACUGCCCUCUGUGGUUUAAAGGGAGGCAAUGUGACUUUAGAAAUAAGAAAUAACACUCUCUUACAAAUGAAAAAUUAAAUUUAUAAGAAAUAAAACACUCUUGCUGAAGUCAGUACACUCAGAUGUUUUGCUGCUACAGGUUUACUUUGUCUGGUACGACCAGUUGCUUAUGGUGGCUAAACUUUAGAUGGAUAUUGCUGUGUAACUGACAUUGCUGAGUUGGUUCACUGACUUUACAGCUCUUUAUCAUGUCGCAGAUAUACAUUUCAAUGUUUUUAUCCCAAAAUAAGGAGUAAACACACAAGGAAAUUUAAUGUUCCAUUAUCAUGUAAUUGCCACUUGUGGCCAUAGUGGCCACUGCAAAAGUUAAAAGUUAAAGUUUUGAGUUUGUUGUACCUGCAACCCGACAGUGAUGUCAUAGUGUACUGACACACCCUGGAGUACACUUCUACAUCACUGCAUCAAGGAUGAGAACUUAAACCACUGAAGGUCAGCGUAACAAGAAUUCCAGCUGCCGUUAAGUUGUUCUUUAGGUUGUAAUGGUACUUUUUUUUUUUUUUUUGCAAAAACAGACUGACUUUGGUUGCUUUAGUUUGAAAAUGUUAUUUGUUUUUCUCAUUGGAACACACAUUUAAAAUAUUUUUUUUCCUGGAUGUAAACCAGGAAAUGUUGUUCUCAAGUACUGUUGAUUGUAUUAUUGUUAAUAUAACAAUAAAAAAUAGCAAAAAAUGUAAUGAGCCUAUUUUCCCAAUUGUUAUACUUCUCACCAAUAUAAAUAUGCAAUAUAAAAAUAGUUUAAUAUAACAAGUGUUUGAUUUAAUUAUUUGCCUUUUAGAUUUGUAAAUGGUUUACUCUGUGGACAGGAGCACUCCCGCGCUAUAUAAUGAUGUAAUUGGUGACAAUUUAAAACAAUCAUCAUUUUGGCAAAAACAUGGAAAACAAGGCCAAGGUUGACAAUUACUGAAAUUACCCUUUAAUGUAGCUCCAUCGAUAGCCCAGGCACAUAGCCAAAUCUUCAUCUAGCUGCACAACACGGGGAGGUGAAUCACAAACUGAGAACUGAGGUGUAAAACUAGAUGACUAAGGAUUAAAUUUCCUUCUCUGCGCUCCAUUUUCUCAUUUAUCAGUGCUGCUUUUAUGUGGCAUCAAAGAAUUAAGGCUUCAGACACUGAGACAGUAUGUUCAGUCUCUCCUCAUCGUGGUGCGUCCAUCAGGGCUCCUUGCUGGAGUGCCUACAUUUUCCUACAAAUUCCUUCCACCUAAAAGUAAUUGGCCAUAUUGAACGACAAAGCAAUACAAGGACUCAACUCUGAAACUUUACGCUACAUCCUGUGAUGGACACUUACAGUAAAGCCAGGAGUUUUUGGACAUCAAUUGAAGAACAAAUAAUGCAGUUUUCUGAAAUUGGAGAGAAAAACAGAUUGUUUCUUAAAACCGAUAGUGGAUUGUGUUGUUGAAGAUUUUUACAGGAAUAAUUUGACUUUCAAAAAUGUAACCAUUGUUUUUCUUGCCUAUUCAGGUGCCAUAUUAUGAGAGAAGUAGCUGGUUGCUUCAGACCCCAAUUAACAUUAGUCACUGAAACCAGUGAUAACUACUGGCUAGGAGGUAUUUUAUUUGUGCUAAAGUGAGGAAUAAUAUCUUAGGUUUAUUUGGGUUGCAAAAGGAACAAAGUUUCAGCCGCUGCAAUUUAAGACCAACAAGAAUCGGGGGGAAAUAUUAGUAUGUUCUCUCAAAUUAGUAAUUCAUGCACUCAAAUUAGAAACAGUUCCCUCAUAUUAGUGAUUUGUACCCUAAAAAUACUUAUGUUGUUCCCUCAGAUUAAAGGCUGGCAAUAUUCUAUAUUUUAGUUUUUGUCAACAAAUAUAAUCAAAAGACCCAAACCAACAAUGUGUUAGUCCGUCUCUCAAUAUUUGCUGACUUCCUGUCCGUGGCUCUCAGCUCCAAGCCCAUUGGUUCCUACUGAAGACGAAAAUCUUUUAAAAAAAACGGGUCAUAAAUAAAUAGUUUCAUUUAAAAAAAAAAAAAAAAAGGCUCAGUAAUUUCUUAAAAGCAGCUGCUCACUGUAGUUUUUACUGAGUUAUCCAACUUCAACUAUCCAACUUCAACUUCAUUGACUUUGUUCUUUUUCUUUUGACAACUGCUAAAGACUGCUUGGUUUUAAUACAGUUUUAUUCUGACCUUGGUCUGAUACUCAUUGUAAGUAGAUAGUGUUUUGGCUGCUACUGUAAACACAAUGUGUUCUGGAUUGGUGACAAAGUUUUGCUGCUGUCUAGAAAAGAGAAGGAGCAAAUUAAGUAAUCUGAGAACACAAUUUUGUACUUCGUGGCAACAAAUUAUUCAUUUGAGGGAACUAAUUAAGUAAUCUGAGGGUAGGAAUUACUAGACUGAGGAAACAAUUCAUCAUAAAAUUCCUAAAGCUAUACAGAGCAGUGGUUGGUGACUGGGACAAAAUGGAAGGCUGAGAUUUUACAAAUAGUCAACAUCUCACUAAUCAGCAUUUUAGUAACAAUUGUUAGGAAAGAAAGGUAAAGAAGCGCAGCCUUUUGCCUCCUGCUUUCUUAAGUCUGUGUAUUACGUGAAGAAAAUGUGAUAUCUGUAUAUUUCCGUAUAUCUGUGUCACUUUUUGAUGUGGAAUUUAGGAUAUAAACCGCUGACCAGCUUCCCCUCUCAUAGCUGUGUGUGUGCGCAGUGGGUGUUUAGUCCUCUGCAUCGUCUCAGCAGCUAAUGUGCCUGUUUUUUCAGAUUAGGAGUCAAAUAAACGGAUGUUCACUUCA